AAUGUGUUGUUAACGCUGGCCAUCAUGUAUACUCUUAAUAGCCUCAUAUUAAGGGGCCAUACCGUGAGCAGUUUAGUCCACACAUCACAUCGCGCAAGUAUGAGCGACCAUAAAAACAUAGAAGAUCGAAAGAGUAGGGAAGAGGAGAUAGUCAGUCUGAAGCCACAAAACAUCCACUCAAUCGAUGCCAUAUUAGGCAAGAAAGAGCCCGCGAGAAGACCAGAACAAGAGCGAAAGACUAUCAACGACUCCAACCCAAGACUAGAGGAAGACGAUAUCAAUUCAGACAAUGAUUUGAGCUCCAACGAUGGUAAAUCAGACGAAGCCGACGGUGACUCGUCAAAGAAAAAGCUCAGAAGAAACCGUACCACCUUCACAACGUUUCAGUUACACGAACUCGAGCGAGCCUUCGAGAAAUCCCACUAUCCAGACGUGUACACAAGAGAAGAGUUGGCGCUAAAAAUAAGCCUCCCUGAAGUUAGGGUACAGGUGUGGUUCCAGAACAGAAGAGCAAAAUGGCGUCGACAGGAGAAGAUGGAAAUGGCGAGCCUGCAAGACCUCCCCUCCCCGUCCAGAACAAGCGGAUUCGGUAGUCUGACGUUCUCAGAUAUGUGGAAAAACCCGCUCACACUGACUGGCCCAUACGGGGCUUUGUUCCCAAGGUCCGGGGGAUCCCCGCCACCGGGUAUCGGGUAUUACCCGCCAUAUGGCCAUUCGGCGCUCGCCGCUUUCUCGUAUUUACCCCAAGUCGGGUGUGGUUCUGCGAUGGCAGAGAUGACAAUACCCCUAAGCCCCCCCUCGAAUUCAACCGACGAGCGAUCGUCUAGUAUUGCUACAUUAAGGCUCAAGGCCAAAGAACAUCUAGAAAGCAUGGGAAGAGAUGAAAGUCUGUCUGCCUGAGGGCUUUAACUAAACACCAUCCCGGGCACUAAUACGUGGCUACUCGUAUCAGAUUUGCCCGAAAUAUCGCAAGAUUACCCGCCGAUAAUCGGGAUUAUCUUCCAAAGACGUAAUGGAAAACAUUAGAACUGUUAAAGAUAGAUUUGAAAAAAAAAAAAAAAACGGUGGGAUAUUCUUUUAUUUUAAUCUUUGUACAAAGUCGGUGUUAACCUGGUAUAAUAUGAUAUUAAGGGCUAGGAGAAAUUAAUGUAAAGUUAGUUCCAUGGUUAAACCACAAUAUAUGCAAUCUUGUGUCGUCAGUCUAUCCGAAAAUCGUGUAAUUCACUUAGUUUUAUCCGGCUAAUUUAAAUCCAGUUACACACUCACAGUGGUCUACCUCUAAGGCACGGACUAUAGCUCUUGCGAUGUCGCUCUUUCUGUUUGUUUUUGUCUGUGCACUGAGAAAUUCACCUCGUUUUCUGCGUUCUUCAUUGACAGUUUCAGUGAAGAAGAGGCAAAAAAAAAAAAACGUCGCAAAGAAAAAGUCGUGAUCGCAAGAAUCAUUAAUUUAAUUUAUUCCUCGGGCAAACUAAUAUGUGUCCAAAUAAUAGUUCUGACCGGAUUCAUUUCGAGGUUAUCUCAACUACAAAUGAACCGUCUUCCAUAUAAAUAUAAGAAGAACUAAAUAAAAACUCUAGAACAAAUUUAAUAACUAGGUAGAUGGGUGUAAGUGUUAAAGAUAAUUGUCCUAUGCUGUAGUUAUUUCAAAUGUGUGCAUUAAACACCAUGCAGUUUUGUUCUUUUGAGUAAUUGAGCGCUGAAUGCAAAAGCGCUUUUCCCAUUUGUAAAUAGAUGACCGAAUUCUGUCUAAAACAGAUACAAAGUCUUUGUACAAUAAAAUGUCUGAUUUCAUGAAAAAAA